AUGAUGGAAACUAAAAUCAGCUUUAUCUCAUUACCUAUAGAGAUAUUAUUAAGGAUAAUUGAAAUUGAACCAGUUUUAGCUGUUGUUAAUAGAGAAAUGUUCAGAUUAGGUAGGAUUGUUAGAUAUGAGUCAAUAAUAGGACCUGGACGUAUGACAAUGAAUUCAAUUUCAUCGAAACAGCCAACCUUUAGUCAAUACGCCAAGUUUGUUAGAUUCAUUAAUGAGUUUACUACUUUAGACUACGCGGUUAAUGUUAAGAAUUUAUCUAUGCACUUUCAGACCGCGACAAACAAUGCAAAAGAGUUGUAUCUUCAACUAGAUGAAAACUUAAAGAAGUUCAAUUUGGCAUCGUUGAUCAUCAAUCAACCACCUAAUGACGAUUUAUGGAAUUAUAUACCGAUAAAGAGGGGAAUUAAAUCAGUAACAAUCUAUUCAAAGGAUGUAUUGCUCCCUGUUCAUGAUCUAAUUUAUAGAAUGAUCGAGAAAUCAAUGUCAAUCAGACACAUACAGUUACAUUUCUUACAAGACGACAUUGAUAAGUUUAAGAGACUCGAUGGAAUGGUGUUAAAAGAUGAAAGCUUCUCUAACUUAGAAACUGUAACCCUUAGAGCCAUCUUGGUUAGUCACAAACAGAGUAAUAAGAAGCAUCCAGCAAUGAGACAUCAACUUAAACCAAUAAAGGAAAAUGACAUAAAAUUUCAUAAUCAUUUAGAUUCAACUAGGGUAUUUAGAAGAAGAAAGCAAUUACUUGAAGAAGUUACAGCUGAUAAAGAGAAAACUGACUUACUUGCAAAAAUUUACAAUUUAGAUAACAAUUUUGAUACCGUGGCUGAAUACUUUGAUAAUUUUAAAGUCGUUGAUUGAUUGCUACUAUACCAUAAUUGCUACUUAUAACCAAUUUCAUUGUUUUUGUUUUAUUCAUACACAACUUGUCUUCUC